AUGAUGAAAUGUUUCCAAAAAACUAUUUCUCUCCCAAACUAUCCACGUGGUUCCCAUUUAAUUACUGAACUUAUUGUUAGGCAAAUCCCAGAAAUGAAAAAAGUAACAGCAGGCCUGAUGAAUUUACUCAUUCAACACACAAGCGCUUCGAUUACUAUUAAUGAGAACUGUUGUGCUGAUGUAAGAACAGAUCUCAAUGCUUGGAUGGAUAAAACAAUUCCAGAAAACUUUCCAUGGGAUCAUACUGAUGAAGGCGCCGAUGAUAUGCCAGCUCAUGUUAAAUCUUCUGUCAUGGGUGUUUCUUUAAAUAUACCAAUUACUAAUGGACAGCUAAAUUUAGGAACAUGGCAAGGAAUUUACCUUAAUGAACACAGGAAUCGCGGAGGCUCGCGAAAAAUAGUUAUAACAGUUACCGGUAUGGUAGAUGAAGAAAACUUAUAA